UGACUUGCCUCCCUCGUUUUUAACACUGAAGCCAGAUUGUUUUAACUAAAGAUGGAAACACUGGAGUCAGAACUGACUUGCCCAAUUUGCUUAGAGUUGUUCGAAGACCCCCUCCUCCUGCCGUGUGCUCACAGCCUGUGCUUCAGCUGCGCCCACCGCAUCCUGGUCUCCAGCUGCUCCUCUGGCGAGAGCCUUGAACCCAUCGCCGCCUUCCAGUGUCCCACCUGCCGGCAUGUCAUCUCCCUUAACCACCGGGGCCUAGAAGGCCUCAAGCGGAAUGUGACCUUGCAGAAUAUCAUUGACCGAUUCCAGAAGGCCUCUUUGAGUGGGCCCAGUUCCCCCAGCGAGAACUACCGCGAGCGGCCCUAUCGCCGCAGCCCGACCAUGUCGACGGUAGUGGACCGGAUAGCUUGCCAGUUCUGCGAGCAGGACCCUCCCCGCGACGCCAUCAAGACCUGCAUCACUUGUGAGGUGUCCUACUGUGACCGCUGCCUGCGGGCCACCCACCCCAAUAAGAAGCCAUUCACCAGCCACCGGUUGGUGGAGCCAGUGCCGGACACUCACUUCCGGGGGCUGAUGUGCCUUGAGCACGAGAAUGAGAAGGUGAACAUGUACUGUGUGGCUGAUGACCAGCUCAUCUGUGCCUUAUGCAAACUGGUGGGGAGGCACCGGGAUCACCAAGUGGCGUCCCUGAGUGACCGGUUUGAGAAGCUGAAGCAAACUCUGGAGAUGAACCUCACCAACUUGGUUAAGCGCAAUAGUGAGCUAGAAAACCAGAUGGCCAAACUGAUACAGAUCUGUCAGCAGGUGGAGGUAAACACAGCCAUGCAUGAGGCCAAAUUGAUGGAGGAAUGUGAUAAGUUAGUGGACAUCAUCCGUCAGCGCAAGCAAGUUAUUGCUGUCAAGAUCAAAGAGACGAAGGUGAUGAAGCUGAGGAAGCUAGCCCAACAGGUAGCCAACUGCAGGCAGUGCCUGGAGAGGUCCACGGUCCUCAUCAACCAAGCUGAGCACAUCUUGAAAGAAAGCGACCAUGCGCGGUUCCUGCAAACAGCGAAGAAUGUGGCAGAAAGGGUUGCCAUGGCAACUGCAUCCUCUCAAGUUUUGAUACCCGAUAUCAAUUUUAACGAUGCCUUUGAAAACUUUGCUUUAGAUUUUUCCAGAGAGAAGAAAUUGCUGGAGGGGCUGGAUUAUCUAACAGCACCCAACCCACCCUCUGUCCGUGAAGAACUUUGCACCGCCUCCCAUGACACCAUCACUGUCCACUGGAUCUCAGAUGAUGAGUUCAGCGUCGGCUCAUAUGAGCUCCAGUAUACCAUCUUCACCGGCCAGGCCAACUUUAUCAGUCUCUACAAUUCUAUGGACAGCUGGAUGAUUGUCCCCAACAUCAAGCAGAACCAUUACACGGUGCAUGGGUUGCAAAGCGGCACACGAUACAUCUUCCUCGUCAAGGCAAUCAAUCAGGCUGGCAGCCGAAACAGUGAGCCAGCCAGGCUCAAGACUAACAGCCAGCCUUUCAAGUUGGACCCUAAAAUGGCUCAUAAGAAGUUGAAGAUCUCCAAUGAUGGGCUUCAGAUGGAGAAAGACGAAAGCUCCUUGAAAAAGAGUCACACCCCCGAGAGGUUCAGUGGAACAGGCUGCUAUGGGGUCACGGGGAAUGUUUUCAUUGACAGUGGAUGUCAUUACUGGGAGGUGACCCUAGGAACCUCCACUUGGUACGCCAUCGGCAUUGCCUACAAAUCCGCCCCCAAGAACGAGUGGGUCGGCAAGAACUCCUCCUCUUGGGUUUUCUCCCGCUGCAACAACAGCUUUGUGGUGCGGCAUAACAACAAGGAGAUGCUGCUCGACGUCCACCCCCAGAUGAAGCGCUUGGGCGUCCUCCUGGACUAUGACAAUAACGUCUUCUCCUUCUACGACCCUGCCAACUCGCUCCAUCUCCAUACAUUUGAGAUUGCUUUCAUCCUGCCUGUCUGUCCUACCUUCACCAUUUGGAACAAAUCAUUAAUGGUGGUCACGGGUCUUCCUGCUCCAGACUUCAUAGACUACCCAGAACAGCAGGAAUGCAACUGCCGGCCUCAAGAGUCCCCGUACGUAUCAGGAAUGAAAACCUGCCAUUGAGGACCCACGGAGCCCUGCCUUUCCAGCCAAGUUCUCUGUGCAACUAGGCGGGGCAAAGACCUUGUGUAUGUUUCGGAGGCCUCUCGCUUACUGAAAGCCCACUGCUUGUGGGUGCAUCCUUCGAGUUGCAUCAGUGUGGGUGGCAUUUCAUGGACUGGAUUUCUAAAACUUAAUUUUAUUUUAUUUUAUUAUUUUGAUGAUAGCACUACUGAAUGGUCUCCAAUGGAGUUGGCAUGUCUUGUUCGUUCCUGACAAGAGGAAGGGUCCCAUGGCAGGGUAUGGAGAUGGGGGGGGGUCGUGCCAUCUCUGCUGCAUGGGAAUCCAAAAUGCAAGAUGGGCUUUGUUUUGUAAAGCAGACGCAGGAGUCUGAGUUGGAGGGGCCCCAUCAGGUCUCUAAGCUAUCAUUUUGGGGAAAAUUGGAACCAAACAAAAUUGGAACCCAAGCCAUUGCCUAGAAAACACAGAAAAUCCGGGUCCCCUAUUACCCCCAUAACAAUUGUACAUGAAUUUAGAACUCUGCAAAUAUUCUUCUUGCACAUUAACAGACAUAUGAAAAAGGGAGUUAGCCCAUAUGUAAUGGCCCUUUCCUUUCCCAAAGCCCUAUCCCCAAAUUUUGUUGUCAGCCAUAAUUCCUUCCAAGUCACAUAUACUCAAGCACAGUGUCUGUAAACAAGGAUCGGCCCAUAGACGUCUGCGUGUAGGUCAGUUCCCCUUGGCUGAUGUUAACACUGAACAUGUAGAGGCAUGAGGAGAGCAUCUGGUGCUCCAUAAGUACAGCCCGCUUUCUCCCAAAACCCCGGUCUGUAUGAAAGGAGGUGAGAUCCAUGUCGACCUAUUCUAUGCACCCAGCGUGACAAUUUUGCAAAAGCUUGGCUAACAGAAGCGUUGUUUGUGCACUUUUACACACAGUGGGAGCCUGCUGCUACUAGCAGACUUAACUGUUCUUCCUACCCAGAAGUGCCUUCUGGGCAGCGAAUUUUGCAAACAAGUGGAAAGUCCAAGAGCUGUUAAAGAAUGCAUUUUAUUCAGAAAUGGGUGAUGUGGUGCUGGCCUAAAAGCUAGAAUAACUUCAGGACGUUGGCUUUUGAGAUGCAACAGAUUCUUUUCCUUGGGUCACAGAUUUUAUUAGAGGAAAAGAGGGCAGUACCCAACCCAACCCAACCCAACUCAAUGCAGGAAAUGUAAGAGGAGGGAUUUCAGUUUAGGACAACCUUGGAACCAACAAUUUAUUUGGUAAGGUUAGCAUCCCAGACUGGUGGCAUCCAAAAGGAUUCUUCCAUUCUAUUUGCUGGUGUUCCAUUGGUUCCAUCACCUGGUUCAGAUCAUUUGAUCAUUUGAGCUGAGGUUGGUUGUCCUUCCUUUUUCUGGGACAAGACAUCCUUGUUGCUUCCUCCUCUAGAACUUCCUGUCCUAGUGGAAACAAGUCAGUUAUGUCCCAGGAGGGGCAGACUAUUGGAAGGUGUGGGGGGGAGGCAUUGCAAAGAUCCAAAAUGCAUAUAGGAAACUUCCUAGAGAUGUGACACUUGGUUUGGCUUUUAAUUUAACCCCAUUCCCACUAAAUCGUUAAAAAUUGCACUGCAGAACGUAGGCCAUUUUAACUGCUGAAUUUCUUGGCAUGGCUUGGAUACCUUGGAAAUGACAGGCUUCCCAUGGAAUGCCCACUUGUGAGGUAGGAAAAGAUGGGAACUGGAGUCCCCUAACUGUCUACCCCAGAAGGGGGAAAGUUGUUUGAGAUUGCAGCCCAUUGCUGCGACUUCCAGAAAAGUCAUACCAGACCAUUCCAUGUCUGGUGACAAAAUGGCACUAACUGUCAUAUGGAAGAAAGCUUGAAAUGUCUUGGUUUUCUUCUUGGUUCAGUAUGCUCAACAUUUGGGCAUUUUCUUCCUUGGGGGAACGUGGUUUCUGUUGCUUUGGGGGUGGGGUCAAAGGAAAAAAAAACAUGGGAGAGCAUGAUAUUAUUCAGGUUUGUAUUGUGUUUGCCCUCAGGUCCUGUCCUACGAUGCAGGGAGAAGUUAAUUGAGAUGUUGGCAGAUCAAAUGUAAUGCCUUUGGAAGUUUUCAAUGGGCAGCCAUUGUUACAAAGAUGUAGCCAUCAUACCACAGUAUUUUGAUGUUCUGUAUCUAUGGGUGGAUGCCCUGCAGGGUUUCCUCUACAGCAAUGGUCAAGACUUUUAUGAUUGCUGCUAAAUUUGUCACUCCUAAACCUGUAAGGUCAGCUACAAAGAUCGAUUUCCUUCAA